AUGGACUGGGUGACUAACGGUGGUAUUGUGAAGAAGCUUUCCUCCAUCAAAGAAGACGAGGAGGGAUCUGAGGAGGCUCAACACUCACCCCUCCCCAAAAUGCCCCGUUCCCCUCUGGGUCUGGGGUGGGGGCUGGGCUCGCCCCUGCGCUCCCCACUGCGCUCGCCCCUGCGUAGCCCCUCCCGCCCCCCCACAGACCACCGCAGGCACCGCCCCACCACUCUCCAGAUUCCUGUGGUGAGCUUCAGUUGUGCCCCUCUGGACCUCAGUCCCAGGUUUGUGGAUGGCAUUGAAACAGACAGUGGUAGUAGUUUGGGCCAGAAGUUUGACUUCAGCCCCAGUGUAAUAAGCCCACCCAGCUCUAGUCCAGGAAUGCAAGAGGAUGCAGAGACCGUCCAGACUAUUACUAAACUGACAGAAGAGAUGACUAGCCUAUCCCUGCAGGUGUCACAGGUCAGCCAGGACCUCCAGGAAAUGACACGGCUGCUCAAGCCCCUCCUCCAGCCCCUCCUCCUCCAAGGCUCUUCCCAGUCCGUCCUCUCCUCCCUUAUGGCUGCCCUGACUCCGCCCACCAGUGAGACUCUCAGUAGCUCCGCCCCUCCACCUCCCAAAACUCCUUCCAACACCAACUUACUGCUGUUGGAAGAUACAGAGAUAGAGGGGAAGGGGAGACACCCGGAUCGCCACUUUCAGACACCUUCCGGGGGUCUGACAACCGUUCCCCUGCCCCAUCCUCACUCGGCUUCAAUAGGGGCAGAGAUGACCCCGACUAGCCCUGUUCAGCUCAGCUUCAUCGACGAGGAGAGGCCCACUGUCUGA